AUGAACUUUGAUUUGUGGCGAACUAUUGGAAAAGAAUUUCUUAUCAAGAGUAACAUCAACAACUGGAUCGCUUGCAAGGAAGGUUCUGGAAGCCUAGUGAUGCAGAAAGACGGGUCCCUCAGCUGCAAACUGGUCAAACAAGUUUCAAAGCAGUGUGCUGGUGUUGUGCCAAAGUCCAUCACGAUGCACGCCCACGGUCCUUACAUCAACAGUGCAGGCCACUACUAUUUCUUCGCCGGUGGUAGGAGUGGAGGUUGGCCCACGCAUGAUCCGUGUGGCAGAAAUCAAGCGAAUCAAGUAAAAGGCGUGGUUAAUCCACAUGGCAAUAUUUUUGUUCGAUGAAAAAUUUCUCAAGCGCCUGCUGAAUAUUGGGAAGGAACCAAGAUAAAAUUGUAAAAUGCUAAUCAGCACUCUAAGGGACUGUAAACAAAAGCAGUAGCAAAAAGUUAUAUUUAACAUACAACUGAAAACUAUACUACUUGUGUGUGGCAACUGGAGGGCAGCGGAGCAUUGUGAAUGAAUAGCCAAUAAAUUUCGGUUCCUUAUAUUACAAAUGUUUCAUCUAUUGUUCAGCAUUACAGAAAUAAGGUUUAGUUAACUAUCGUCACCCAGUUAAAGCAACUACUAUUCCCACCGUCAAAGAGUAAAACAAAGUUAAAUUAUUUCCCUUUAUUAAAUUUUUCUCGUUAUACGUUUUUCGCUUUACCCUGUUACUGAAAGCGACCACACGAAACACGCUGAAUACACUCAACUCUCUCAUAAGAGAUACCUAUAUAAGACGCCAGACACCUGGUGUUGGCCCCUGCCGUUUUCGAAUCUUUUUACCGUAACUGUACUCUCUAUAAAUAAGACGGACACCUCCCUGAGAAGAGCAACGUCACUUCUGAAACCGUCAAAGGACACCUGUCGGUUGAGAAAUGUAUAUUAUGCAGUGAAACAUACAUCUAAGCGGAAAUUUAGGUGCUCAACAUAACAGUAGCCUACAAUAAGAAGGGGGAGGCAAUUUACAUUACAAAUACUGUACGGGACUCCUACUGCUCGUAUCUUAAAACCAUUCUCGACCUUUCUAAACGCUAUGUGGAGAACCAAAAAACUUGUCCUGUUAAACUGUGAAAACGUUAUCUUCUCGCUUUGGCUGAACUUUAGUAACCUUUCAAGAGGAGAACUUCAAAUGUUUCCACCAAAAACAAACCAUUACUGACUUACAGUACUGUAUUAAAGGUUUGUUUUUCAGUUAAAACAUUUACUCAAAAUAGCGAAUCACUAUUUAAUUAUUUUGUAGCCUUGCUCCAGUUCGCAGAGUGUACACAUUUACACUUUCAGGCCACUAAGCCGUGACAUUGGCUUGUAAUGAACGUUUGAUCAUGUAUAGUUUAGAAGCUCUAGCACUUCACAUUUGGAAUGACUGUACAUUGGAACUACCACACGUUUCCCGACUCACUGAUCUUGCUAGUGCAAUCGUAUUAUCGCACAUGUCAAGAGAUCUCAAAAAACGUUGCCCUUGAAAGAAUGGUAAAUUAGGACAAGCUAACUCGCCUUGGGAUUGGAGACAAAAUAAAAAAUCUUUAAUGGUCUUUUUAAACGUUCACGCGAAGGGAAAAUAAUUUGUCACUGCGCUUUCUUUCGCAAUCAAGUCGAUGUUUCUGAAUUGCUUGAACAAUUUGCGGUUGCUUAUACUACACUACAAGAAUUUAAACCACGCAAAACAAAAUUCGCCUUGAUUGUAGAUUACAAGGAUUCUCGAUUCUCUUGUGCUGCCGCCAUUGUUGCCUCCUUGCGAUGUAUUUUAUACGUCGUGUCGUCAGAAACCAAAAUGCAGAAAAUCAAAGCAAACGUUUGAUCAGCAACGUUGCGGACAGACGUUGCAGCUGGCGAAGCUGUGAUAACCUCAGCGGUUGCCGGGGGUGUUAAGCUAUGUAUACACUUUACCGGGUAGCUUUUGCGCCGGUAUGAAAACCACCGGAUAGCGUUUCUGUCCACACAUAAGAACGGUGAUUUCGAUGCAAUUUCUGUAACGGAGAGAAGCUGUGCCACGCCGAUCCAUAAAGUGGGGAAUUACAUAUUGAGUGUAUACCAGAUAAAAAGAGAUUUCUCUUGCCGACAGAUUUUCGUGUUGGAACGAAAAACUGUCCGGUAUAGUAUGAACUGAACAUAGCCUUAGAGAUAUAUAUUUUUGAAAGAAUAUGGACAGCUAUCAUUUUAAAGGCCAAUAUAUUUUUUGCCUAAAAUUGAAAAAUCAAUUAAAACUUAAAUUUUGUGAAAAGCAAAAAUUAAAACGCGAUAAACAUAUCCUCAGUCGUGAAAGGUUGGUAUGUAUUUUGAAUAAAAGUAAAUAGAACAAAGAUCGAACGAAAUUGUUUCAAUGGUUUAUUAAGGUGGUUACAGGCGCAUUGACAAAACAGUUAACUACCUAAUGUCAUACGGCUUACGGUUACUAACGAGAUGGCCGCGAAACUUCAGGAGAACUUGGCAAUAAUAUGGUCAGAAUAAUUCGAGUCUCUAGAGAUACUCUAGAAGAAGUCGCCUAUAGUGGAUCUUUUUUUCGAAUAUUUCUAGCUGAAAUUUCUGUUGUCAGCUUUUACUGAUAUAAUUAGUAUGCCAAAUGAAUUUAUAGAGAAAUCUUUGGAGCAGAAUUUGGUAACCAGAGCUGUUCAAUGAUUUCGACAACGAAUUGCUCUGAGGCAGAACGAGGCACACUUCACUGAAUUUUUGGGACAAGUAUUUUCAAUGCAAGCUAUAUUCUGAAAACCAAGCCGAUCGGCAAUCGUGCUAUUCUUUAAAAAGUACUCUUUGACUAUAAAUUAUUCCAAACCUUCGCUGUGAAGACAAUUGAUUAAUUCUUCAACAUUUUUUAAAUAUCUUCAGCAGUUUGGCUCAAACUCCUGCUUAACAGGCCUUCUAUAGAGCCUCUUGUGUAAAUAGAAAUAUUCCGUAAAGAAAAAUCUAUCAGCCUAUAUAAACUUAUUAUAAAUUCUCUAUUCGCCUAUCCGAAACAUUCCUUUGGUGUUCAGCAACUAGGGAAAAAAUCGUCAGUUCCUUUUGCCUGAGUGGGGACUUAAGGGAAGGGAAUAUUGCUUACACACUUAAAAUUAAAGGUAAUGUUACAAAGGAAAAUUUUUAAUACAUGUAUUACACUUUUUAACGUGUAAAGCGUUACAGAGAAUUUUUUAGUGUUGUGUUACGCUUUAUGUUGGGUACUUUUACGCCAGCUUUAAGUGUAAAAGAGCUGUGCUCUUAACGAAAGCGACCCAGGUGAUUAGAAUUAUGUUUCGUGGUUACUCGGAAUUUAUGAAACGCACAACGCCAGAGUAAGCGCCAGCGCAAGCUUCAGCGGUCUCCAUUUAACUCGAUGCAGCUUAAAGACGGAUCGUUUUAGACCUUAUUAUGCCAGCUUUGUUUUGGGGGUGGGGGGCAAUUUUUGUCAACGUUGUUGUUAGGGUGAUUUCUUCUUUUGUUUGUGUGUAUGAAAUCUUUGUUACUUUCUCAACCACUACUAACACGAUCUCAUGCGAGUUGGCGCUCAUUCUGUUCAUGAACCUUUAACUUCAAUUCAAGCUGCCAUAGUCAGAUUCCAGUUAAAGAAAUGAGGCCAAAAUAUUACCCACUAUACUACUCGCCCGAUGCUGGGUUUGAUAGACUACUCACCUUAUAGCCCUGUAAAUUAAUGAAUUCAGCAAAAAAAAUUAACUUAAGGAACCAUUAAAAGUGGUUUAGAAACUUUGACGCAUCUUUUAUAUUUGUUACAAAUGAAGCUUCGUUUCCAUUCUAAAUGUUAUGCUUUCAAUGUUACAUCAAUAGGGAUUUUGGUGGCUUGAGGAGGAUCCCUCUGAUGGCAAGAUGUCAAAAUCAAAAAGCAACAGGAACUUGAAUCCUGGUAAACACAGCAAGAGAAUCAGUGACAUGAAAGAAACAAGGAAUGAAGGUGUUCGUUUCUUUACCAAGGCGUCAGAAUUAAAGUCAUUAAAACCCAUUAGAGAUACCUCAAGGGAAUCGCGCAGGCAUAAAGACAAUUUACUUGCUGGCCAUAAAAGUGGCAUAGUAGACAGAAAAUAGAUCAGUGGUUAAAUAAGUGCUCCACUUCACAAUCAAUAGGACAUGAAGACAGUCGUGAGAAGAAGAGGUCUAGGGACGGUUCGUCAGGUGGUAACCUUGGUAACAUAUCUCCUGGGGAUUCUGCUGGUGUUAAGGACGUGGCUAAUGUAGUUGUUAAGUACCUGUCUCCGUAUCUAAAGCAGGGCUCUGUUGUCUCUAAGGUAAGAACUACGUAUCAAACAAAUAGAACUUGUGAAAGUACUACUGAAGAGGUUACAUUUGGAUGGUACAUCAACUCAGGAUUUCAUCCACAAGCUCAAACGUUAGAACUGAAAACUCUUUAAAUAGCAUCAGUGAAAGUACUUGCGGUACCAUUGAAGAGGUUUCAUUUGAAUGGUCAUACCAUAGAAUUUCAUCCACAGACAUAGAAUCGUUUGAAAGUUCUGCUGAAGAGGUUUUAUUUGAAUGGUGACAACAUAGGAUUUCAUCCACAGACUCAAAAGUUAGAACUCUAUGCUAAAUACAUUGUACCGUGUAAAAAUAUUGCUGGAGAGGUUACGUUUGAAUGGAGCACGGAAGGAUCUUAGACUCAAGCUAGAAUCUCUUUGUAUAGCGUAAUAAACCAGCAGCACAAGAAAGUACUGUACUAGAGCUUUCAUUUGAAUGGUUUCCAUAGUCACAACGAAGCAAGGAUUGAAUCCACUGCUUCAAUCGCACCAGAGGAAGGCCAUCCUUCGCAGCCUUUAUCGUCAUACCAAGGGAUUUUAUUCACAGAGUUAUAGUAAGAGUCAAAGUGCAUAUUUACAUAAUCGACCCUGGCAGCGAAAAGGGUUGAAGUUACUAUUUAUAGGUUAACAUUUUGUUUUGGUUUGUUUUCCUCUUCCACCAGAACUUGUUUAAGUAUUUAGCUCGCUGUAUCACCCACAGAGUCAUGCAAUCUGGAAAGGAGUCGUCAUCCUCUUCAAGUGAGUUAUUACUUGACUUUAAGGACCUUCGCGGAUUGGUUUAGUUGUUGCUUAAUGCUCAUCUAGUUGUUUGACAAUUCUACUGCUUUUAAGCUCUGCUUAUGUAACGUUUGAGAUUACCCAAACGCCACUAACAGACAAAUCGAGAUUUAGAAAGUACCUUCAGGCUUGGGACCUCGUCGACUAUCCCUUACUGUAAUUUGGAUCUGCCUAUAUUCUAACUAGAAGGACGAAAUUUCAAGGGGUCAAGCUUGGUUGACAUCCAUUGAUGAUUAUGUAAAAUCCUCUAUCUCCUGCCCUCAUUAAUGAUCUCCUUCUUCGUUCGCCUUCUAAAGUGCCAUCAAAGUAACUUUCAGUUGUUUUUAUUCUUUGUAGAAAAACUUGAGGUGAAAGCCACUGUUACGAAGUUGUUUGAUGUGUGCAAGAUAUUUGAGCGGGAAAGUGACUGGGACAAAUACAUCAGAGUUACAGGAGUUUCAAAAUGACUUGAGCAAUAAGCAGUGAAAUUAUUUAUUACUUUAAGCUUGCUCAGGUAAAUGUUAGGGAGCUUAAGUAAAGGCAACGGCGACGGCAACGAGGACGGCAAAAAAAGCAAUGGGUUUUGAUUGGCAAAACAACAACUCUGCUCGAGCAUCACGCUUUUUUGUACAUGUACAUUUUUUGCCGUCACUGAACGACUACGACGUGAAAGUGCCUAAUUUCACGGUUUAUGGAGGACGUAAACAAGCGAACACGAAAUCUUCUUUCCCUUUCUGAACUUGGAUAUGGUUCUGGAGAAUUUAAUUCCAGGAGAGUUCGCCUACAUUUGGCAAAGCCGGCCCAGUUCAAACGUCCAGCUUUUCAUGCACCGAAGUUUAUAGCAAGUUGGGUCGACCCAAGUGAUAUAAGUUCGACGGUUGAUUCAGACGUCGAAUUAGUGGGACUCUAUUCAUUUUCACGAUGCACAGUGGUCUACAAUGCUUACCAUUGCAAAUAAAUUAUUAAUAGUUAUUUAUGUGUACGGUUCGUAAGGUUCGACGUUUGAAGCGAGGUCGCUCCACAGUCGAAAUUCCCAAUUGGCCAAUUCAUGGGUAUGUGAAAAAUUCGACGUUUGAACAGGGCCUGAGUUGGAAUAAUCGCGAUUGAAGAUUAAAAGAAUGCAAAGUCACUUUUUAAGAGACGUUUUCGCCGCCAUCGCCGUCCUCGGAUCUCAAGGUCCCCAGUAGAAAAGCUGGAAGCAAAUCAGUGUCAAAAUAUUAAAAAGAAAUAUUUAUUUUGUCUCCCAAAGUCUAGAUAAAUAUAUUUGCCAGAGUAUGAAUAAUAAAGAUCACGUUGAGUUUCAAUAAAUUUUUCCCCUCGAAAGAAUCAAUUUAGACCUAAAUUUUGUUUAAAAAGAGGAAAAAGCUAUAAUUUAUAUUAUCUUUGCCGUCAAAAGGUCAAUUAGUUAUAUAUUCGGAAUAAAAAUAAAUUCAAUAAAGAAUGAUGAAAUAUUGACUUUUUUAGUUUCAAUGUUUGCUCAAAAGGGUUUUCUUAAUAUGUAAAUAUCCCAGCUUCUAAAACGAAACAUCAGAGGGCAAAGCUUUGUAAGCCUUUCUGGUUGAUUUAAAUUACACUCCUUUUUGAACGGCAGUAAUGUUUCCCAGAGUCCCGGGCGGAAAGCGAUGUCUGUGUUGUGGUGCUAUUUAUUGGUGCUUUCAUUAUUCACCGUUGAGUAAAAGUCACGAAAUUUUUUUGUCUCAUUAGGAGGCCAAGCUAGCCUGCGUAGAAGGGGCCUUUUUUUUUCAGGGGCGAAGGAAGAAAUUUCGAGGUUAACCGGUGCCUGCCGCUAAGGCCAAAGCAUGGUCAAGCGGAUUUCAACUCGGUCACCCGCAACCAUCGUUCAAAUCCCGCUCUAGUCACUAGCAAGUGUUUUUCUCGAUAACCCGGCCUACACAUCCUCGGCCAUGAUUACAGUCAACGGCUUUUGCCUACGGCCAGUAGCGAUCCUUCCUUGCUGUUACUUUUAGAAUACAUGUAUUUUCGUAAUAGUAAUUUUGUGGGCCUCAAUAUGAUCUAGUGGGUCACCAGGAAUAGCGCCACUCCUUUAAAGAUUUUGCCUGUUUAUUUGUAAACGAGACUGACGAAAGAUUUAGUGUAGUCGAGCAAUAUGUUUCUAUGCUUCGCGCAUAAUGUAGCCAGAUUGCUAAAGAAUGCACUUUAUUUGAGUGUAAAUGUUUUUAGCGCGAGAGUUUGCAACGGCUUUUCCUGCUGUACGUUGUUUCCAAUUCAGGAAAAAGGUAUUGGGAUUGUAAGCUACCUUGUAUUGAAGCUCAGAUAGAACUGUCCAGCACCUUUGUUUAUGACCAGAAAAUGAGCACGAGUGGCAGCUCUGCGAGGAAUUCGCACCUCAGCCAGGGGGGACGAAUGACAAUGAUGCCCAUGUCCGUGAACCGAUCCGUAUAAACAUGUAUUGCAGAGCAAAACAUAAUAAUCAAGAAAAAAAAUACCCAUUCAUUGAAGGAACGAAGAAGUGACAAAAAUUUCAGAGUUGUAAAUUUAUUCACCGGCAGUAUUUUUGCGAUAAUUUUAUUUUGCACUGUGAUGUUAUUCGGUUCACAGAGUGGUCAUCAUUGUCGUUCGUCCCCCCUGGGUGAGGUGCGAAUUCCUCGCAGAACUGCCGCUCGUGCUCAUUUUGUAGUCAUAAACAAGGGUGCUGGACAGUUCUUUCUGAGCUCUGAUACGAGGUAGCGUCUAAUCUCAACACUUUUUUCCUGAGUUGGAAGCAACGAACAGCAGUAAAAGUCGUUGAAAAUGCAAUGCAAUACAUCAAAAUGUAUGCAGCAGGAGUUUGAGCCAAAACUGCCAAGGGAUAUUUUAAAACUGUCGAAGAACAAGUCAUUCUACUUCAGAGCAAGGUAUGGAGCAAUUUGUAGUGGUUCUAAAACUAAAAAGUACCUUUUAAAGAAUAGCACGAUAGGCAAUCGGCUUUUGUUUUAAGAAUUAGCAAACGUUGAAUUUACUUGUCCCGAAAAUUCAAACUGGUGGCUCCUUCUACCUGAUAGUAAUUUAUUUUUGAAAUUCCAAAACAAUUUCACAGCUGAAUUUUGAGCGACUUUUAGUUACGGACUUCUGCUCCAACGAUUUUUCUGAAAUUCCUCUGGCAUAUUUAUUAUAUCAAUUAAAGCCGAUACCAGAAAUUUGAGUAAAAAAUAUCAGCAAAAUUUUUUACUAACGGUAGGGUCCUUUUAAGCGCUAAUUUCUCAAGAAAUAUUUACCAUCAAUGAAAUCGGAAUAUUUCGUAUUAUUGCCGAAUGAUAUCCGUUAUUCUUUGAAAAGUUUCGCAGCCAUCGCGUUAAAAACCAAAAAGUUAUGACGGAAAAUUUGUCACAGCUAAAUGCUCUUGUAUUAAUUACGGAGCCACCUUUUAAACGCGUAGGUUUGUUCUGUUUGUUCUGUUUUUUUUUUGUUAGCAAAACAUUGGUAAGGGAAGGAACCCUCUCUAAAAUAUUUCACAAAGAGAGGAAUCCAUCAGCCAAUAUAAACUACUGUAUCUUGAUUUCCAUCUGCGAUAAUCCUUCAAAAAUCAACUUAACAAGGAAAAUAUAUCAACUUUUCAUAAUCAGCUCCUUCAGUCCGAGUGAAGACUAGGCUGAGGUAUUGAUAAGACACGUGCAAGGGUUAAAAAUAAAGACCGCAAGUAAAACUCUUGUUACCGUAAUGUGGCAUAUUUUAUUCAGGUUUUGUCUGACCUCGUAGUAAGCAAUUUAUAGACUAGAGCUGCUUCAUAUCAACAUCAUUUCAACUGGUUAAUCGUAAGCCAUUUAUCGCAUUCCUUUGAAGCAAAAUUAAUUCAAAACUAUGUUUCGUUUUACGCUGUGCUUGCUUCUCGUCUGUACGGUCUUUUCUUCCGCACCAAGGUAACAGUAUUUCUAAUUUAUACCUAAUUUGAACAUAUGACGAGAACGUGAAAUUGAACAAAAAUCUCUUCACUUUCUUGAUGAGAGGCUGUCGCUGGUUUGCUUUUAUUUUACCUUGCAUACACGAAGAUUUUUCAUCCUGUGAAACAAAUUUCAAAAUUCAUAUACUUUAAUUUAUCUUUUGUUCACGGUUACAUGACGGUGCUGUUUUAGACUUCGUCUGCUCUCGAUCUGGUGGUUUAAUAAUUCGCUUUAAUGCAAAAUUGAUACAGCAAGUUUCAAAGACAUUCAUAAACACAGACUUUCGAUUAAAGCAAUGCGAAAGAGCUCAAAAGGCUUCUAUAAGAGUUAAUAACAUUGAACGAAAAUUUAUACAAACUGAACGAUUUUUAUCUCUAACUGGAAUAAGCUAUGAUGACUCUUUUCCAUGUAUUUUAAAAAACCUUUCGGGCGGCUUUCGAAACACUUCUUAUUACCUAGCUAAAGGUAAGAACCAUAUACAGCUUUGAGCAGCCCCAGACAUUGAAAUUUCGGUAAAAGACAGAAAAGAGAGUUUAACGACAUUAAGUUACACAUCUACAGCUUUUUUGGAGUAUCAGUAAAUCAAAUUUCGGAUUCCGCACAAACUCAUGUACUAAUGCGUGAUAAAUUUUAUUUACGUAGGGCUCUGGAUAAAAACAUCAGAUAUAAAGUGCUAGAGAUGGACCCAAAGGGAAAUCUUUACCUUCACAAAACUGCUUUUCUCUGCAACAAUGAUAUCAUCAAACGACUCGUUAGCGGCAAAUACCAUCUCGUAGACUCGACCCCCAUUGGUAAGUCACUCAAUUUUUCCAAAAAAGGAAACCAGCAAAGGGCUUUAUAUGUACUGUGAUGAGUCGUAUGCUUAAUGCUUCCAGACCUCCACUGAAUUAGCACUGAAUUAGCUUAUUCUUGAACUGCUAAAAUGUUCGAAAAGAAAAGGAAGUCGACAGUGCCAUUUCAAAUGUUUUCGUGCUUCCUUAAGCCACUUUUUUUCCAAUAAUAACUGAAAGAGAGUGCUGGUACUGUCCUUAGGGUAACUGAAGAAAGCUCAAUUUAAUUAGAAUGCUCGUUUUCGUUAUGAACGCAGGUCUGUCAAAAGAUUCUUCAGCACUUAAUUGCAAGGAUCUCAAAACAAAAGUGCCUUCUGCCACGUCAGGCGUCUACUGGAUUGACCCGGAUGCUGGUUCCCAUAGCAACGCUUUCCAAGCCUAUUGCGACCAACAGACGGAAGGAGGAGGUUGGACUUUUGUCUGGAGUUAUACCUUCACAGCUUAUUCAAGCUUCACGUCUGGCGCAAACGCUGUCACUCCACGGCCUGCAUGGACAGCCAGCGGCGCUAACACACGAGUGUCCACCACAGUUCCACUGAGCGAGACGCAUUAUGAAGCCAUGAACUUUGCUUUGUGGCGCACCAUUGGAAAAGAAUUCCUUAUCAAGAGUAACAUCGACAACUGGAUCGCUUGCAAGGAAGGUUCUGGAAGCCUCGUGAUGCAAAAAGCGGGGUCCCUCAGCUGUAAACUGGUCAAACAAGUUUCAAAGCAGUGUGCCGGUGUAGUGCCAAAGACCAUCUCGAUGUACAGUCCUGGUCCUUCUCUCAACACUGCAAGCCACAACUAUUACUUCGACGGUAGUACGAGUGGUAGUUGGCCUACUCAUGAUCCAUGUGGCAGAAAUCAAGCGAAUCAAGUAAAAGGCGUGGUUAAUCCACAUGGCAAUAUUUUUGUAAGGUGA